UGGUUGCCAUGAAGGUCUCUUUGGGAAGCCAUUUUCCAUACAGGGCCACCAGAGGUCCUCCUUUUCCUAUGCUGCCUUCUCCACACUGCAGAAACAAUCCAGUUUGGCACCACUUUAACUGCCAUGGCUCCAUGCUGUGGAAUUCUGGGAAAUGGUAGUUUGUUGUGGUAACCAAACAAACGCUUCCUCAGGCACAGGUGUGGAAAAAUCCAAUAAAUAGCAGUGUUGGCAUCGCAGGCAAGCCAUCUCCAGCAGGACCCUGUUCCAGUUAAACCAUAGAGAAGAGGCAAGGCACAAAGUAUAUGAUGCAACUGCAUUGUCCAAUACAGUUAAGCAGCCUUGGGAAUUCUGGAUGAAUUUUUAUGUUUUCCUUCUUCUUAAAGUGCCUUCCACAGAUUUAACCUCAUUGUCACCAAUAUGUUGCCAUCUCCAUCCAAGUAUGUUCAAGAACUUCUGCUGACCUUUGCCUUGUCUGUGGCUUCUUCCUGCUCUCAUGACUUUCUGUACCAUGAUUAUUGUAUUAUUGGUGCUGGCCCCUCAGGACUGCAGAUGGCCUAUUUCCUCCAACAUGCAGGGCGGGACUAUGUGGUCUUUGAACGUGGACAUGCGCCAGGGCGUUUCUUUACUUUGUACCCACGCCAUCGCAAGCUGAUCAGCGUCAACAAGCGUUACACUGGCAAAUCCAACAGUGAAUUCAACCUUCGCCAUGACUGGAAUUCACUACUCAGUCAUGAUAGCCAAUUGCUCUUCCGACACUAUUCGCAUGACUUUUUCCCUAAUGCUGAUGCCAUGGUGCAUUACCUCACUGAUUUUGCUUCCAUGCUAGACCUCCAGGUACGAUACAACACAUCUGUCACUCAUGUGAUGCUGGAAAAAGACAUCAUGGCAUGGAAUGGCCAUUAUUUCAGCCUCACUGACCAGAAUGCUCAGCUGUAUAAAUGCAGUGUUCUUCUGGUAGCCACUGGAACAUGGAUUCCUCAUGAAGUGAACUUCCCCGGUUCAGAAUAUGUUGAGGGCUAUGAAUCUGUGUCCAUUGACCCAGAAGAUUUUGUUGGCCAGUCUGUUUUGAUUUUGGGUCGGGGGAACUCUGCCUUUGAGACAGCAGAAAACAUUUUGGGUGUCACCAACUUCAUACACAUGGUGAGCCGGUCCCGAGUUCGCCUUUCUUGGGCUACUCAUUAUGUUGGAGAUCUGAGAGCAAUUAACAAUGGCCUCCUAGAUACAUAUCAGUUGAAGUCUCUAGAUGGGCUUCUGGAGGGUGACUUGGAAGACCUGGUCCUUGUCAAGGAUAAGAAAGGAAAGCUGCACAUCACCCUCCGUUUCUACCUGGAGAACAGCAAUAGUAGUGAAGCAGAGUCCAUCCCACUCCCGCAGGAUGAGCUGGAUAACUUUGCUACUCGAGCACCUUACGAUCGUGCUAUUCGCUGCCUGGGUUGGAAAUUUGAUUUCUCCAUAUUCAACAAGUCUGUUGGACUCAUGCGAGGCAAAGGCAGUAAAAAGAAAUAUCCUUUGAUCAAGCCUAGCUAUGAAGCCAAAGCCACUCGGGGGCUCUUUGUUCUGGGCACUGCAAGCCAUUCAGUUGACUUCAGGAAAUCUGCUGGAGGCUUUAUUCAUGGAUUCCGAUAUACAGUUCGCGCAGUUCAUCGCUUAUUAGAAGUCCGUCAUCAUGGAAUACCCUGGCCUUCCUCAGUCUACCCCAUUAUGCAGCUAACAAAUGCCAUUGUGAAGCGACUGAACGAGGCAUCUGGAAUUUACCAGAUGUUCACUGUGCUGGCAGAUGUCAUCCUGCUAAAAGAGAACGCCACUGAAUUUGAAUACCUAGAGGAAUACCCAAUUGGGGUCCUUCAAGACCUGGAAUGGCGCACAGGAAGAAAAGUUCAGAAUGGACUUUUUGUCAUCAUGAUGGAGUAUGGGAAGAACUUCUCUGGGCCAGACAAGGACGUCUUCUAUUACAAUCGUGCAGUGGGGGAAGCCCAGCAUGCAUGGCAGUCCAAUUUCCUGCAUCCUGUCAUUUAUUACUACAAACAUCUCCCCACUGAGCGUGAGAUGAGACUUUGUCCGCCAGACUGGCACCUACCCCGCCCAGCUGCUAUCCAUCACAUAGUGGAGGACUUCUUGACAGACUGGACUGCUCCAAACGCCCACAUCCUGCCACUCAGGCGUUUUUUGGAGAAUUGCCUAGGAACUGACCUUCGCAGAUUCUAUGCAGAGUCCUGCUUCCUUUUUGCCUUCACUCAUCAGAAGUUGCCUCCCUUCUGCCAGCAGGGAUAUAUGAGAAUGCAGGGGCUCAUGGGCAAUGAGAGACUUAGACGUUAUGGAGUAGAAGCCGGGCUCCUCAAGGACUAUGCUACUAUGGACUCCCCCAGUGAGCAGGAGGGUGGCAGUGUACAAUCACAUGACCAGUUGUUGGACAAUCACAUGACACCAAAUGGACAAUUACAGCAUCUCAUGAGUACCAGAGAUGAACUUUAACUUUCCUUCAAAGAUAGCGAAAUCCACAAGUAUUGCCAUCAUGAUACCAAGAUCUUCAGAGGGCCUCCACCUUCUUUUAUGUACACUUGGAUUUCCUAACUGUUUCUUUCUGGGGACCAUGACUUGCCAAAGACUUCUGUAGAUCUUUUGUUAUUUAUAAAAGGGAAGGGAAUUUACAGGAUAAGCAAAGGCUACAGCUUGAUAAUGCUGCAGCGUUCCUUUGCUCCUGCCUGCUCUUGAUGCCUGGUAAUGGGGUUGCAUUUGUGCUUAUAUGGGGAAGUCUCUGGUUUAUCUUGAGAGACCAAAAAAGAUACACAGGUGACCUGUCAUGAAUGUUCAGUUGCAUGCUUUGUGGUGAUCCACAAGAGAUGUUGUCAGUCAUAGGUGCUACGUGUGCUGUGUUGUUGCAUAUACUUACAGAUUUGUAUGUGCAUGAAUUUACAACCAGUUGAUUGGCAUUGACUGGGCAAGCGAUUCAAGGGCUGGUGUUGAUAUCCAAAGUACUAAAAUGCUAUCCAUUUCUACAGGCAAGUCUCAUGCCUUUAUGUAAUGAUGAACACUUGGAUCUUUCAAUACCAGGUUCAUCAAGAUGCACUACUGCCAUAGUCAUGAAACUGGUCUGUAGAAACGGUAUGCUUGUGUGCCCACUUCUCUGAGUCCCUGUACCCUUUACAAAGUAUUUCUCUGGAUUGCACUAUGUCUUGUUAGACAACUUCCUCAAUUCAAUUCAGUCACAAUGAAGUUAUGUUUCCCAUUGAUCUUUUAUUUUCAUUUUUAGGUAAGACUGAGUAGGAAGACAAUCUGCACUUUACUGCAUCUCUUCCUCUAGUCCACAAGCUUCUCUAACUUCAGCGAAUCAGGAAAGAGUCCAAAGUCAUCUCUUUCCUAGUUCCUCAUCAUUUUAGCAGAUGGAAAGGAUGGCCCUGAUACCCAUUCUUUCCUCUCUCUACAAGGCUUGCACUUGUGCUUUCAAAUCUUUCCAGCAGUUUGUAUCCAGUGGCAAGGAUCUAUUCUAGCCCUCUUGUUCAUCUGUAAAUAGCUGUAUCUUUUAUUUCACCUCUUGAAAGUGGACCUGAAAUGGAUUUCUGGAUUGUCAGAAAUGCUGCUGCAAGUUAAACUUUUCUUCACGUAAUAGACUCUGUGAAAGCCUUUGACUUCACAAUAGACUGUGUGGUUUAGACCAGCACAGGGAAUCUCUCCUUAUCCCAAAUUAGUGGACUUCAACUCCCAACAUCCUCCACCACUGGCCACACUGGCUAGGACAGGAAAUUUUAGACCAGUGAAAAGGGAACAGUCCACAUUCCUGGUUUAGGCAUAAUCCAUGGAAAAGAGAGGGCCCACAACACAGUGGUAAAGCAUGGUUUCACAGAUAAUGGGGGUGGGAAUCAUGCAGCUCUCCUGAUGUGGCCAGACUGCAGCUUCUAUAGCCAAUGGUGAGAAACAAUGGGAGUUGCAGUCCAGCAUCAUCUGGAAGACUGCAUGAUUUCCACCCCAGUGUAGAACAGCACUAUUUCAUUUCCCCUGGCAUCACUAUAUCAGAAGUACUCAAAUAGUAAGAGGGCUUUAAAACUUGAAAAGACACUACUGGUUAGAGAAGAUAAGCCAUCCCCAUCUCAUGGCUGCAGUGGUAGGGGAUGAUGUGAGUUGUAGAUGGAAAAGGCUAAAAGGGACAUUAUUGGGCUGGGUGGACUAAUGGUCUGAUACAAUAAGAAACCUCCUUGUAUUCACAUUAACAAAGCUAAAGAUGUUUAUGUGAGCCAAGAACCCUCAUCCAAAAAAGUGAUCCUGAGAUGCCCUCCUUACUUGUCAGGUUUGCCUCUCAUUGCCAUCUCUAGUUUCACACUUUGCACCCUCUUUGGCCAGUCUGGACCCUGUGAAGUUCACAGAUCUCUUUAACAGCAAGCAAGGUUCUAAUUCUUCAGUUCCAGUGAUUCAGCCUUGAUUUCAGGUUCCUCCUCCUUCUGCUGCGCACUUCUGUUUCUAUAAUUAAUCCAGAGAACAUUGUGUAUGUAGCUUUCACUGGUGGGUUUCUCUUUUUAAAAAAACACUGUUAAGGAAACAUUUUUCCUUCACCUUUCAACUGGUCAUUUUUCAUGUUCUAAGGGUGACACAUAUGUUUAUUUUUAGUAUUCACAACCACGAAGAUAUUAACAAAGCAACAAAUCCAAGGCUGGCUCCAAGAACAGAUCAGUUCCCAAAACAAAUCCAAGGUGCCCCAAUGACAGAUCAGUCCCCAAUAUUUGCCAUGGCACAUAUGCAUACUGUGGCCAACUUUCAGCAUGUUGUUGGAUAGGGUUUUCUUGGCCAGGUUUAUGCAAAGAUUUGCCACUGCCUACCUCUUAAGACUGAGAAAGUGUGACUUGCUCAAGGUCACGCUGUGGGUUUCCAUGUGGCUGAAUCCAACAGCGACCUCCAUCUUCAUCUUCAUCAAACUUUAAUCCACAAAAUAACCUUACCCACUAUGCCAUAACACAAUUGGCAUUGGAGAAGGCAUUAUUUUUGUCCAUGUUUAGUUCAUCUACUGUAUGCUUGAAACACACAUUUCUCUUAUAGCUUUCCCCCAUAUUUUUAGCACAGCUAGGAUUGUUAAAUUACAUCCAGUAUUCUUGUCACUAUGCAUUUGUCUUCAUCUUUGCCCAGCUGCUCUGUCUUCAUUGUCCAGAUUUUGCUGCUGUCAUCUAUAUAUGCACGAUCAGCACACCUGACACAGAAUGAAUGAAUUCUGUCCUGAUUCAAGAAAGAAUAGUUAGGGAAGCUACAGUUUCAUCAUGGCUGAUACUUUUAUUUAUUCAGACUUUUUCACUAUCCUUGAGGGUUAGGACUGCACAUUGCAAAAUGCUGACUUUACUGAGUUUCUAAAUGUAUGGUUAUACAAGGCUGUCUUCAGGUUUUGCUACUGCUCCAUAGACAGAGAUCAACAACUGUACUUGCACAGCUCAGAAAGGUUACUUUUUUGGACUGUAAUUCUAGGAAUCCCAUAACAGUGGCGAUGCUGACUAGGGAAUUCUGGGAGCUGUAAUCCAAAAAGAUAUUUUCUAGGUUCUGGUUUUCAGGCUAGUUUAUGAUCAAGUACUCUGUUGCUUUCUGUGUCAUAGUGAUACUUGCAGAGAGCUUUGUAGUUUCCGUUGCAAGACUUUUGUUAAUUGUUUUUAUAACGAUAUAUAUUUUAAUUUAUUUCGAUCAAAUGUUGUUGUACUGAUGUUGUAUUACAAAUAUGUUUUGUACCAUUGCAUUCUUCGGAUGAACUUUUAAAAACGUCUUCAAUUCCCAACAGCAGAAUUGGUGUCUACCUUUG